AUGGGCGGCAGCGAGAGUGUUGAACGACCGAGAGAAGGCGACCCAUGCUGCGGCGAGGCGCGAGAUGGAGACUUUCCUGUUUUAAAAGACAUGUCGUCGACAGCGCAGAUGGAGGAAGAAUUGGCCCUCGUUUCGGUGAACGAAUCGAAUUCAGCCACUUACGAUAUUCUCCUAAAAAUAAUGGCUCUUGGGGACACGGGCGUCGGUAAAAGCUGCUUUCUUGUACAGUAUGUUGAAGGGAGAUUUAUGAUGAAAUAUGUGACUACAGUUGGUGUCGACUUUUUUCUCCGAAAACUGACAUACGAACAUUCCGACUGGGAGAAAGAAAAGUCUAACCCGUGCUUUUUACGAGAUGGGAUGGGGUUUUUACUCCUCUUUGAUCUCACAAACAUCGAGAGCUUUAGGCAUACUGAAUCAUGGAUAGAGGAAAUAAGAGAAAAGACAAUUUGCGAAGAUCCAGAUAUUAUCCUCGUCGGGAAUAAAUCCGAUAUGGAAGAUAAACGCCAAGUGCCUCGUUCUGCCGCGAUCAGCCUCGCUGAAGCACACAAUAUUCCAUACAUCGAAACAUCCGCUGCGACGGGAGAAAAUGUCCAACUUGCUGUAAACUUACUUUUGCACAGAGUGAUGCAGAGGCUCAAAAAGUACAUGCGCGACAUCAGAUAUAACUACGAAGAAGAGGAGAUCAACCUGAACCAAGAAUCGUCCUCAUGCUCAUUGUGCUCAAAAACAACGACACAGUAA